GGACGUGCAUUCACAUCACUGCUUGUUCACUGCAAGUUGCGCACACCGGCCGGAGGCCGGGCCGGCCAGACCACGCAUCCUGCGUCUGCAGUGGCGCUAUAAUUCCCUGCUCACCAUAGCCCACAUGCCUCUGAUUCCACAGUCGAGUCGACACUAUCAUUCGCAGGCCUGUAGCUCCCUUACAUUUGUCCCUGCUGCGCCCCAGCCCUGCCCAGGCUUUGCCGUACCUUGUCCUAUAUCCUACAUUCCUACUGCCUACUACCAGCUACAGUGUCCAGUGCAGUUCCAGCAGGCAUGGCUGCUGCUGCUGUUGGCUGGAGGGAGCUGUAGUAAAUUUUUCUAAAGCACUGAAACCCAUACACACUCUGCUGCCUCUUCAGUCUAGUCUGUCUCCACAGUAGCGCUGCAUGCUUGCUGCUCCCUUCCACUAUAAAGAAUGCAGGCUCGCAUCGAAUGAUGAGAGCACUGGCUUGCCGUCUUCUUUCUUUAGAAGAUAGGAGUAGCGCAUGCAUGCCACUCGCGAGCUAUAUCAUUUGCAUUAGGGGCUGAGCGAGGCGUCGCUGAAUCUGAUGCGCUCUCAUACUCAGGUGGUGGUGCUGAUCAUAUGGACUCCAUGGAAUCAUGCGUGCCCCCUGGCUUCAGGUUCCACCCCACCGACGAGGAGCUCGUCGGCUACUACCUCAGGAAGAAGGUGGCCUCCCAGAAGAUCGACCUCGACGUCAUACGCGACAUCGAUCUCUACCGCAUCGAGCCAUGGGAUCUCCAAGAACACUGCGGGAUCGGGUACGACGAGCAGAACGAGUGGUACUUCUUCAGCUACAAGGACCGCAAGUACCCGACGGGGACGCGGACCAACAGGGCGACCAUGGCCGGGUUCUGGAAGGCCACGGGGAGGGACAAGGCCGUGCACGACAAGAACCGGCUCAUCGGCAUGAGGAAGACGCUCGUCUUCUACAAGGGCAGGGCGCCCAAUGGGCAAAAGACCGAUUGGAUCAUGCACGAAUACCGGCUCGAGACCGACGAGAAUGCGCCGCCUCAGGAAGAAGGCUGGGUGGUGUGCCGGGCGUUCAAGAAGAGAGCGGCAUACCCCGCACGCACCAUGGCGAUGGCAUGGGACUCCAGCUACUCCUACCGCGAGGCCAGCGUCAUGGGCGGCGCGGCGGCCGCGGAGGCGGCGGUGUUCGUUGACCCCAACGUGGCGUACGCGCAGAUCAGGCGGCAGUCCAAGAGCGCGAGCUUCAAGCAGGAGGCCGAGCUGGACGGCGCCGCCGCGUUGCUGCAGUACUCGAGCCACCUGGUCGAGCUGCCGCAGCUCGAGAGCCCAUCGGCGCCGCUCGCGCCCAAGCCGAGCCAGGCGUCGUCGGCCGAUGAGGUGGACGGCGCCGACAGUGGCAGGCGGGGGCGGGGCAAGAAGGCGCGGUCCGUCAAGAUGGCCACGGACUGGAGGGCGCUCGACAAGUUCGUCGCGUCGCAGCUCAGCCCCACGGAGUGCGGCGGCGGCAGCUUGGAGGCCACGGCGUCGGCGGCCGCCGGCAAUAAUGUGGGCUCGCAUCAUCAUCAGCUGGACCACGGCGAGGACGAUGACAUGGCGGCAUUGCUGUUCCUCAACAGCGACGGGAGGGAGGAGGCGGAGAGGUGGACGGGGCUGCUCGGCCCGGCCGGCGGGGACGGCGGCGACUUUGGACUCUGCGUGUUCGAGAAAUGAGUAGUGGAGGGGGACGGCGCGCCGCGUGCGCGUGCUCGUGCAAGCGGUGGCGCGGAGAUGCAUGCAUAUGGGGAUGGUGCAUGUGAUAUAUUAUAUGAUUAUAGCUGAAAGUUGGUGCUCUCUUCUUUUUUUUUUUCCUUCUUUGUAUGUUUCUCAUCAACAAAUGUGAUUGUAAUGUUCAUCUGUCUCUGUGCAGAGUCAUAAGAUGCAUGGCAUUCAGGCCGAUGCAUGUGAUUGUCUUUCGGUUGAU